UUUUUUGUGGUUUUAGGUUUUCAACAUGGAGGAAAAGGUAGACCAGAGAAAGGAACUGGGAUUAAAGUGUUUUUUAAAAAUCAUAAAGGAGAAUUGAUUAGAGAAGUAGAAGGGAAUGUAGGUGAUGAUAUGGUAGAUUUAUCUUGGGAAUGGGAUUUAGAUAUCGAAGCUGCAUGUGAAAAAUCAAUUGCUUGUUCAACUUGUCAUUGUAUCUUUACACCAGAAGUGUAUAACCAAUUACCAGAACCAUCAGAAGAUGAAGAAGAUAUGUUAGAUUUAGCUUUCGGUUUAACUGAUACGUCUAGACUUGGAUGUCAGGUUAAACUUUCGAAAGAGAUGGAUGGAACUACUGUGACUUUACCUUCGGCUACUCGUAAUUUACGUGUAGAUGGUUAG